AUGGCAUCAUCUGUACCAGUGAAGGAAAAGAAGCUCAUGGAGGUGAAACUAGGAGAGCUGCCAGGCUGGAUACAGAUGCGGGAUUUCACCCCUAAGGGCACUGCUGGAACAUCUCAAAGAGUUUACUACCGGUAUUACAACAAGUAUAUCAGUGUGAAGAAAGGGGGUGUUGCUGGGAUUUCUAUGGUGCAGGCUGCUUACGUGCUUUUCAACUACUGUCGUCCUUACAAGGAGCUCAAACACGAACGGCUACGCAGGUACCACUGA